AUACAUACCAUGGAUAUCAAAGCGUUACACUUUGGAUAUCAGAUUUCGAAAGAAACAUUUUCUGUGCUCUGGAAACAGGAAGAAGAUGUUUCUGUUGGGUUUGAUUUGGAAAAGAGAAAGUGGUUCUUCUUUCUUUCUCAUCUCUCUGAAGCAUACAAGCUUGAAAUCUCCUAUGACAGCAUUUGGCAGAUUAAGCUACAUCGACCACGUGGCCAAUCUACAAUUUUUCUUCUCCUUCAGUUGCUUGGUGCUCCCAAGAUUCAUAAGAAAGAUGUCUCUUGUGCUCGUGGAGGUUACCAGUGGUUUCGGGAAGUUGAUUUCACUCCAUUGUGUGGCAUUGGCCAAUCUUCUGCUCUAUGUUUGGAGCUUCCACUUGAGGGUCAGCUUCCAAAAUUUCUGCUUUAUGAAGAGAAUGAAGGCCAAUUUGUUCUGCAGGAAGGAUCUAAUUUCUCCUGCAAUUCAGGUCUUGUCCCCAUUGUGAAUCCACCCCCAAGCUUCAACUUGCCAUAUAAAAUCUUGUUCAAGAUCAACUCCUUAGUUCAGAAUGGGUGUCUUCCUGGGCCAGCAAUUGAUAUCAAUUUUUGUCGGUUGGUCGAUCCUACGAGAAUAAAACUCGAGUAUAUAGAAAGUGCCUUGGACAAACUGUAUCAUCUAAAAGACUGCUGCUAUGAGCCUGUAAGGUGGCUUUCUGAGCAGUAUAAGAGAUAUGCCACGGAUGGGCGACUUCCAACACCUCCUGCAAUAUCUUUAGAUGACGGGUUGGUAUAUGUACACAGGGUUCAAAUAACUCCAUCUAAAGUAUAUUUCCGUGGUCCAGAGGUGAGUCUCUCCAAUCGCAUCUUGCGCAAUUAUCCUGAAGAUAUUGAUAAUUUUCUUCGCGUUUCUUUUGUCGAUGAGGACUUGGAUAAACUGCACGCGACAGUUUUAUCUCCUCGAGCAUCUUCUGCGAAUGAGGACGACAAGCGCACUAGCAUUUAUGAGAGGAUACUGUCCACUCUAAGAAACGGCAUUGUUAUUGGUGAUAAGAAGUUUGAGUUUCUUGCAUUUUCAAACAGUCAAUUACGCGAAAAUUCUCUUUGGAUGUUUGCUUCAAGAACUGGUCUUACUGCAGCAGGCAUCAGAGAGUGGAUGGGUGAUUUUCGUGAAAUAAGGAUUGUUGCAAAAUAUGCUGCCAGACUUGGUCAAUCGUUUAGCUCCUCCAGGAAAACUAUGCACGUUGGUAGGCACGAAAUUGAGAUGAUUCCUGAUGUAGAAGCAAAAAGAUCUGGAAUCACAUAUUGUUUCUUCUCGGAUGGCAUAGGGAAGAUAUCUGCAGAAUUGGCUCGCGAAGUGGCUUCAAAAUGUGGCUGCAGAAAUUCUGUUCCAUCUGCAUUUCAGAUUCGAUACGGUGGGUUUAAAGGUGUUGUUGCUGUCGAUCCAACAUCAUCGAUUAAGCUGUCACUGAGAAAGAGCAUGUGCAAGUACAAUUCACAGAAUACAACCCUGGAUGUUUUGACAUGGAGCAAGUAUCAACCUUGUUUUCUUAAUCACCAAAUUAUCACUCUUUUAUCUUACCUCGGGGUUAAGGAUAAAGUUUUCAUAAAGAAGCAAAGGGAGACAAUAGAUCAACUGAAUGCUAUAUUAACAGAUUCGUUGAUCGCGCGGGAGGCACUGGAGUUUAUGUUCCCAGGAGAGAUACCAACCAUUCUAAAGGAAAUGCUAGCUGCUGGUUACAAGCCAAAUGAAGAACCAUUUCUUUUUAUGAUGCUACAAGUAUUACGUGCAUCUACAUUGAUGGACUUGCGGGACAAAUCAAGGAUAUAUGUUCCAAAUGGAAGAUCUAUGAUGGGAUGUCUUGAUGAAACCGGGAUAUUGGAGUAUGGUCAAAUAUUUGCGCAGAUUUCUCGUUUUAGUAAGCAGCUCGGUAGCAAUUCCUCGCUCAAGUUCAGUCCCAGCAGUUCAGACCCAAAUAAUUUUAUUUUUGAGGGCAAGGUAGUUGUUGCUAAAAACCCUUGUCUCUAUCCAGGAGAU